CUUAUCGUCUGCGCAUUUUCCUGUCCAUUUGUUUUAAAAAGUAAAGAGAUGCUGAAACUGAAAGUAACUUUGUGUUCACUAAUAAUGUUCAAGUUGUCUUGAACUCUGCUUCACUGCAAGCUUCGGCAGCCUACGUAUAUAGGCAUUUCUUCUAACCCAGAAAAAAUGAUCAACACAAUAAGAGAACAGAUGGGAAAUUCAGCUCAACAAAGUGAUCAGCUACAAUUGAUGGAGGCCUCGUUAUGCUACUUGGACAAAACUAAACAACUUGAGUAUUUGAAAAGAGAGUGCAUCAAUCACAACAAUACCAAAGAGAGUGUCUACCCUUUCACCAUUGAAGUUAAUGUGUCAGUGAUCACUGAAAUGGACCCAACACUUGGAAACAUAGUGUUACAUCAACCACCACGAGCAAGAACAAUCUUUCAAGAGCUAUGUUAUAUCAGCUUAAAGUGCUUAAAAGUACUUCCAGCUGAAGUAUCUUGCAACCAAAUUCUUGUCAACUUGCUGAUAUUAGAUCUACCACAGCUGUCAAGCUACCAGCUUUGCACGUCAGAAUUACUCAGUUGCAAGUUUGAGCCCCGCUUCUACAAAUUUACUGGAACAGUGUGCUCAAUUUCAUCUCCUACAACGUACUCGAGGUGUGCAAAAUACAGAUGUCCUGAGGCUAAAUGUUUUGGUGCAGCAGAUAAUUUCUACAUCAGAUGUCACAUUGAGGGGGCUAAAGAACGCCAAACUGUAAGGCAAGACUUCAACUGCGUGUACUGUGGCAACAUCUUAAAGGAGGAUGUGAAUUGCAGAGUCUUAGGAGAGAAGCAGAUAUUACAGAUUGUUGAAGGGAAUGUCUCUCCGCGUCAUGAUGUAGAUGCAAACUUGGGCAGGUACAGCCAAGCUGUUACUGUUGUUUUGAGAGAUGAGUUUUUCAAUAUCCAGCUUGGUGGCUACUACUGUGUGAUUGGAAUCCCAGUCAAGGAAUUUGCUGCAAAUGCAGCUGUCUCUGUCGUGAUUGAGGCAAACAAUGUCAUUAAGGUUCACCUUGGGAUUCAAAGAGAGAUACCAAGUCAUCUUCCAGAAACAUUGAGUCAGCUUCUUAAAAGUCAAGCAGUAUCUCCCUGGGGCUUCAGCACAAGUCUUGCGUUCCAAUUUGGCAGUGACAUUUCACCACCAGGCACUUACCACAGACUUAAACUGUGCAUGCUCCUCAGUCUUAUUGAUGCUGCCUCCUGUACAUCUGAUGAACAUGAUUCGCCAGGAUAUCUGGAUCUUGUCGCUGUUGGCACUGACACUAGCAUAAUUCAAAGAUUGCUGCUAUAUGGGGCAUCUUUCGCACCUCGUGUUAUCAUUCACAACAGCAGCCAGCCAUUACUUGUUUCAAUCAGAAAGGAUCCAGCUGUCUUGGAGAGUUACACUAUUGAUGCUGGAUCGGUGCUGUUAGCUCGCCAAGGUGUUUGUUUGUUGGGGGAUUUGUACAAUCAUAAACGGGAAACAAAAGCCAAGCUCCGGGAUGUAAUGAGUACUAGAGUUGUCCAUGUAGACUUGCCUAAGAAAUUAAGAAGCUCAUCGGCACAGCAACAGCUAUGUCCUGUGAAUUGUAACCUUUGGGGCCACCUGAGCUGUAGUACUGCUCCAGAUAUGGAUCAACUAGAAUAUCUUGCCUCCAGAUUUCAGGAGAAGAGAAAUCUGAAGCAGUCUAUUUUAGAGAGUUUUUCUAUGGUGCUUGUGUGCGACACAUCCAAUCCAAAUUGGGAUGAGUGGGCUGAGCUAAGUAUCGUCAGGCAUACAUUGCUAGGAGCGAUGGAAGAUCGGGAUCAGUUGGGAAGUAUCACUUCAGUCCCAAGCCCUGGUGAACUAAAACGGUUCCUUGAGAUAGCAUCAGAGACCAAAGUGGAUUUCUCUGAUCCAGCAAAUCAGCUCCUGAAAGGUUACUUCUUGGGGAGCAGGAGGGUGCGCUUAUCAGGAGUCCACGGCACACCAUUUCCUUCAACAGCUCUUCAUACACUGGCUUGCAUGUCAAGGGCACAUGCUAAACUCUGCCUGAGAGGCACUGUGCUCAAGGAGGAUGCGGCACUUGCAGUGUUUUUAUAUGAAGAAGCAAUUACAGCACGAUAUGGUUUUUCUGUCUUAAACGUUCACCCCAAGGUUAAUGUGAGGCACGACAGCACUGCACAAUGUACAGGACCAGAGAAUGAUACCUACAUGAGGGGUUUUAUGGCUCAACUGUCACGUCUCUGUGGCUCACACGUGCCUGAUUUGGAUUUCUACCAGUCAGAGGAUUAAUUACUCGUCAAUUAGGCUGGGGGUCCUUAAUGGGUGUCUUUGACUUUCAAUCUAUUUUAUUACUACGUAUAGGCAUAGUACUGUGCCAGUACAUACAUUCUUAAGUGAUUGUGAUGAACCUGUCCGUGUGCAUGUAAAAGUGGCAUUUAGGAUCCCUUAAUUGCUCUUUACAAGAUCUAGUCUUCUUUAAAGAAAUUUAUCCAAUUCAAAUCAAUGUCAAUGUCAUUUUCUGGCUCUUUGAAAGUGCAGUUUGUUCCCAAUUAUUAUUUCAUUAACAUUUAUCAUUUUGUUGUAUGUGUUUUAUUUUCUAAUUUGUUUUGGUGUUUGUGUGUGUCAAAACAGUUACAUGUAUAUUCAGCAAUGAUUUAGUUUAAAAUUACAUAUUCAAAUUUUAGGGAAUUUAAUUGGGAGCAAAACUGCUGUAAAUAAUAAAUUUAUUUAUU